UACCUGCCUCUGGAAAUUUCCACUACAUGCAUCUGACGAAGUGGGUCUUUGCCCACGAAAGCUUAUGUUCCAACACUUCAGUUAGUCUAUAAGGUGCCACAGGACUCCUCGCUGCACUGGCAUAGACCAGUUUUAGCCUAGUAAUACUGGGAGGCAAAGAAACUGAAACAGUUCCCUUGGAAAAACAGUUUCGUACCAUGGUAUUUCUUUCAGAUAACUCUUUAUCUCUCCAGUAUUAACAGCAUGCAAUAAACUUAUUUGCCUUGACGUGGAUGUUAUGUGGAGAGUCUCACGUUGUUCAGCAGUAUUCAGGUAGGUGAUCUUUGCUCCUCUACAUACCGUUUGGUCUGGGUUUUUCUCCCCCGGACUCACUCUGCGGCCUUUAUUCUUUAGCCGAACAUUUCAUGUGAAAUGGAUCCUGGUCCUCGGAGGGCCACCGCUAAACCACCGUCCGUUUCGUACUUUGCCUGCAAAUGAUGCUAGAGCUAUUCGCUGAGACCGGAGGCGUGUGCUUUCUUUCGCUGGCCACUCGCGUGGGGUCCGGGAGCAGAACCCUCUACCGUCACUAGCCCAGCGGGCUGCAGGAAGACGGGGGAGCCAUAGGAAACGACGUUCUUCUGCUGCGCUCUUGCACCAAAAAUGAAGAGGAGACGUUUUUCUGGCUCCAAGAGCAGCACAGGGAAUAUCUCCCUUCUUGGUUACACCCUAGUCUUCAUGUCUCUGCUUGUUCACAAGUUGGACUCAGCACACUUUUCGGUGAUUGGCCCGGACCAGCCUCUCGUUGCUACUGUAGGGGACGAAGUCCUCCUCGCCUGUCGCCUGUCCCCCAGGAUGAGUGCCCAGAACAUGGAGGUGCGGUGGUACCGGGGGCAGUUCUCUUCGGUUGUGCACCUGUACCGGGAAGGGAAGGAUCAGUAUGUGGAGCAGAUGUCGGAAUAUCGCCAAAGGACAGAGUUUCAGGCUGGGGACAUUGCUGACGGAAGCGUCGCUCUGAGGAUACGCAAUAUCCGCCUCUCCGAUGCGGGGUGGUACACGUGUUUCUUUCGAUCGGAGGUCUCCUAUCAAGAAGCGGCGAUGGAACUACGGGUAGCAGUUUCAGGUACUAGUCCCCUGAUCUCGAUUGAGGCUUACCAGGACGGAGGCGUCCGACUGGUGUGCCGAUCGGGAGGGUGGUACCCGGAGCCUCAGUCGCUGUGGAAAGGUCUCCAGGGCCAACCUCUUCCGUCCCUGCCUGCAAAAUGCAUCCAGGAUGAAAACAGCCUGUUUCAGACGGAGUCUGUUCUGAUCGUCACCGAAAAGUCCAACCAGAAUCUGACCUGCGCCGUCAGAAACAGCGUCCUGAACCAAGAAGGAGUCUCGCGUGUUUAUCUCGCAGAUGCUUUUUUCCCAAAGACCUCCUACGUGACUGUGAUUCGCCUGACACUAAACCUGUUGGUUCUUGCUUUUUUCAUUCCUUGUGCUAUUUAUUAUUUGUGGAAGCAAAGCAAAGACACAGAUAAACUGCGCUCACAGUUGAAAAAUUUGGAAGGUAAGUCUCUGGGUUGUAUGGCACAAGUGAACUGUCUGAUAUUGUCCAUGAAAUAAAGUAAAUGAAAACCACAACAUUUAUAUCAUGUAAUCUCUAGCAGGAACAUGGUUUAAGCCUGUUCCCUUUUCUCUCUCCAGUGCUUGUGGAACUGACACACCUAAGUUUGCAGCUGAUCCCAAGCUGGAAGGGGUUGCGAGUGCUUUAGAG